AGGAUCAGCCUGGGCAUUAAGGCUCAUUUGAGAGCUGUGACAUUCACCUUGACUCUAGUGAAAGUCCAACAGCCCAUCCCCUUUUGGCUUCCAACUGGGCACCAUGAGGGCCUGUGUGCCCCUGAUAGUGGCCAUACUCUUCAGCCUGGCCUGGGCUGGAAAAUUAGAGUCCUGUGCAUCUCGCUGUGAUGAGAAAUUUCAGCGGGACGCUGCCUGCCAGUGUGACCGCCAGUGUCCCCGGCAUGGGGACUGCUGUGAAGACUAUGAGCACGUGUGUACUGGAGAAGAGGGCCCCGAAGAGCCAGAGCCAUUCCUGGAGCUGGAGGAAGAGCCGGUGGAGGCCCCAGCUGGCCACCUGUACUCGGCACCCAGCUCCUGCCGGGACCGCUGCCACGAGUCCUUCGACCGGCACCAACCAUGCCACUGUGAUCCCCGCUGCCCAGAGUUUGGGAACUGCUGCACGGAUUUCGAGAGCUUGUGUGGCCACGAGGGCUUCUCCUACAGCAGUGAUGCCAUAACCAAGGAGGAGCUACAGAGCAUCUCUGAGAAGAUCUACAGGGCGGAUGUCAACAAAGCCCAGAAGGCAGACAUCAUUCUCAACAGCCAAAACCGCAUUUCGCCCUCGGAGACCAGAGACCAAGUGGACCGCUGCCCAGAGCCGCUCUUCACCUACGUCAACGAGAAGCUGUUCUCCAAGCCUACCUACGCGGCCUUCAUUAACCUCCUCAACAACUACCAGCGGGCCACGGGCCGUGGGGAGCACUUCAGUGCCCAGCAGCUGGCUGAGCAGGAUGUCUUCCUCAGAGAGGUCAUGAGGACGGCGGUCAUGAAGGAACUCUAUGGCUUCCUCCGUCACCAGAACCGCUACGGCUCCGAACAAGAGUUUGUUGAUGACUUGAAGAACAUGUGGUUUGGGCUCUAUUCAAGAGGCAAUGAAGAGGAGGACUCGAGUGGCUUUGAACAUGUUUUCUCAGGUGAAAUCAAAAAAGGCAAGGUCACUGGCUUCCAUAACUGGAUCCGCUUCUAUAUGCAGGAGAAGGAGGGCCUGGUUGACUAUUACAGUCACAUCUACGAUGGCCCGUGGGAUUCUUACCCUGACGUGUUAGCCAUGCAGUUCAACUGGGAUGGCUACUACAAGGAGGUGGGCUCAGCUUUCAUCGGCAGCAGCCCUGAAUUUGAGUUUGCGCUCUACUCCCUGUGCUUCAUUGCGAGGCCAGGCAAAGUAUGCCAGUUAAGCCUGGCUGGCUAUCCCUUGGCCAUCCAGACGUAUCCCUGGGACAAGUCCACCUAUGGAAAUGGCAAGAAAUACAUCGCCACGGCCUAUGUGGUGUCUUCUACUCGAUAGAGCUUGGAGCCCUAUGGGGCAUGAGAGCAGUGAGAGUUUCUGCAGGAUGCAGGGGCUAUCUGCUCUGGGCUGCAGGACGCUAGAGGAGACUGAGAGGGAUUCCCAAGUCUAGAAAUGCCCUUAUGGUUAACAGAGAAAAGUACAAAUAAGAAAAAUGGAGAGGAACAGUAAAAUCUUUGUGCUCCAGCAUUUUGGAAAGAGAGUCCAGACAGAGAAGAUGGGAGCCCUCUGUGGCCCUUGGCCCUGAUGGGAGGGGAAACCAGAGACAAGUCCUUGACCUCUCUAGGCCUCAUGUUUCUUUUGACUGUAAAGGGAAGGGGUUUGCCCCCUUUCUUCUUUUUGGAGUUGGUGAGAGGGCAAACCUGAUGAUAUCAUUACUGUGAAGGUGUUCUCAAUUGUUCUUAAAAAGAACAGCAGAUAAGAAUUCAAGGUCACUAUAAUGGCUGUUAUCAUACACAGCUUUGCAAACUGCAAUUCAGCCCUAUGUUGGGGCCUCAAAGAACUCUGACCAUGGAAAUCAAGCAGUGGGUAGUUGGUCUUUUCUUGGGUUAUAGUGUCUCAGGACAGGGUCUGGGAGAACUCUGAUGCUUGAUGGAGAGGAGAGUGGGUUGAUGCAGUGAGUGAGCUUGGGAGGGAGUGAACUUCUCCAGGCUAGCUCAACAACUGCAUCAAGAAGCUUUCUACUUGUAGAUGUUAGUGUGGGUACAGAGGUGUAUUUCGAUCCCACAUAGUUUGUGAAAGAGUUCCCCAAAUAGGAGGAAGAAAGGAACUUGGAGCUUGGUGACAUUAACAAUUAUUUUAAGGCUAAUCCAGUAGCUGUAAUUUGCUGGAAUUACUCCAGAUUUAAAGACCAGGGAGAGUGGAGCUCCCUGUUCCAACCUCAAUUAUGCAUUUCUCCUCCUGUGGCCUUAGGGAGAACCAGACACUGUCCCACAGAACUAGGCUUGAACUAUGGUUUACAGGGUUCGAGUCUCCAAUUAAAGUCAUUAAGAAAAGUUGAAA